AACAUGCUUCUUCUUUUUGUCAAAUAUAAACGCAAAGGGAAAAAGAGAACACAAUCAAAUAACUGAAAUCUUAGUAAGUUUAAAGUAAAACAUUGUAGUACAGGGGAAACUGCAAUGUAGUACUGGGAAAAUUAUGAUGGAAGAAACGUGUUGAGGGAAUAUUUUCAACCAGAAAGAGAUAGGUGUAUAUACAUGGUCUGAUACCAAAGGACCAUUAUCUUUUCGUUCUUUAAUUUAAUUUUGCUUAUAAGAAUUUGGAACCUUUUUGGAUCAGACACUAUAAAUUAGAAUCUUGGACUUGGCCCAUUGAUCGGUCAAAAGGUGGUCUCCUAAGUGUAGGUUCCAAAAACUUUAAACCUCAAGAAUGCCAUCCUCAAGAGAAAUAAUUAAAGUAAAAAUUACAGUUUAAAACAUGUGUUAUAUAUCAUCGUGUUGCCUUAUUUAUAUUAACAGUUUGUCACUCAAUGUUCCAGACAUUAUUUUAACGGCAUUUCCAUUGAAUUGAAAAUUCUUAUUGUUUUAAUAAGAAACGUGGUUGUUUCUAACGAAUUCACACACACACGACAAAAUAGAAAGAAUUGUGAAGUGGAAAUUUCACAGAACACGAAAACAUGUCUAUUAGUCAUCUACAUCAGUGGUUUCUUAAAAAAAAUCUUUCUAUUAAAAAAUAAAAAGUACAAAUUAGUUUUUAACAACUUUUAGGAUCUCUUAUUUGAAAUAUGUGACUCUCAUUCGAUCGAAAACAUGUUACUGUCAUUCAAAUUAAUUUGUUUUUCAGAUUAAAUAUUAAAUACAUACAAUAUCAAAUUAAAUUAUUAUUAUUAUUAUUAUUAUUAUUAUUAUUAAGAAACCCAAAUAGAUAUUUAACUAUUCAGAUUGCUUUUAUAUUGUAAGUUUUGACUAGAGCUUAUCUAACUUUGUAUUUUUUUAUGUUUUAUCGGCUUAUUCGAUCAAUUAUGAUAUAAAUGCAUUUAGUAUUAUAGAGUGGAUUUUUCUUAGAAUGACAGCUAUAUUACAUGAUUUGAGUUUGAAAUGUAUUCCGACUAAUGUGAGAGAGUUAAUUAAAUCGUAUGUUACCAGAACUACCAGAAGCCUAAUUCUUAAUUUUUCAUAUAACUGUGAUCAUUUUGUUUCAAGGGAAGAUCGAUCGAAACCCAGGAAAGUGUUUUAACAUGUUCCUAAGUCUCGCCUACCAUAACCACAGUCACGCAGACGGAUUAGGGUUUUUUUAGUAGUACAAUUUAGUAUUUUUGAACAGUAUGCUACCUUUUGAAAAGAUAAAUACUUCAAUUUUCUAAUGUUGAAGUUGAUAGAGCAGAAUUACUCAAGUGUUCUUAGUAGUAUGUUUUGUUCCAUGCAAAUACUUGGCGGUCGUUUAGUUACUUACCCCUUGAGCUUUUCUUGUUUAAAAGCUCGUUGGGCAUCAAAGCUCACACACACGUGCACACAUAUGCUAGUAGCUAGAGCAUCUUCGUUAUCGUCCAAAACACAGGAGAACUAAAAUUGUGAUUCUUUUUACCAUGAGAAGCGACCCCACCGCAUUAAGGCAUCUACUUCAAUUUAUGUUUGUCUGUUCUCGUAAUAAUCCUAUCAAAAAUCUAAAAGGUCGUACAUGAGAAUGGUCAGUUCUGCUUUUCUUUUCCUUCUUCUACAUACAUCUAUAAAUACCUUCUUACACCUUCUCCAUUCUUCACACACAGCUAUAAUACAAAAGAAUACUCAUCAAAGCAGCUGUUUAAAAUCGCCUAACUCUUAAGUUGUUAAGUUUUUGUUGGAAUUUUCCAAGAAGUACCAUGGACUACAGAUCAUCUAUAGAAUCAUCAGAAACCCUAAGGUAGCCAUUUUUUCAUCCUACGCGUGUUGUACCAUGGAUCAUCGUUUAAAAUAUUAAAAAAGAAGACUCAUGGAGCGGCAUGCAAUAUCAUACCCAAAUUCUAUAUGUGAUAAAAUGAUUAAAACUAAAAAAAAAAGGUAAUAUAUUUAUAUAUGUACACGUGCAGGAACAAGUGCGCAGCUUGUUAUAGGCAAUUCAACAAAAUGGAACAUUUAGUGGAGCACAUGAAGAUCUCUUAUCACUCCGGUCAUGAGCCUACUUGUGGCGUUUGCAAGAAACAUUGCCGAUCUUUUGAGUCCCUCCGGGAACAUCUCAUAGGACCAUUGCCAAAACAAGAAUGCAAGAACAUUUUUAGCCUUCGCGGAUGCAGAUUCUGCAUGAUGAUCCUGGAAAGCCCGAACGCUCGUAGGACCCAUCAAGAGAGAUGUCAAUUUUCGAGCGCCAAUGCUGGAUUGACGACUCGUAUGGCGGCCUUAGGCCUAAGAGAUAAGGCCAUGAUCGACUACACGUCCUCGCGGUCCCCAAAAGUGGUUGCACUCUCUUGCAAGAUGGUAGGAGGAGGAAGCGACGGGUCGUUGGAUCUAUGCGCAAGGGUCUGCAUAACGGAUGAGAGUGACAACGUUGUGUUCCACACGUACGUGAAACCGUCAAUGAUCGUGACGAACUAUAGGUACGGGACGACCGGGAUACGUCCGGAACAUCUAAGGGACGCCAUGCCGUUGAAACAUGCUCAAAGAAAGAUCCAAGAAUUUCUUUGUAAUGGAGAACCUAUGUGGAAGAUUCGUCCAAGAGGUGGGAGAGGGAGGAUUCUCGUGGGACAUGGGCUCGACCACGAUCUUGACCGCCUUCAACUUGAAUAUCCUUCUUCCAUAAUGAGGGAUACUGCAAAAUACCCUCCGUUGAUGAAAACAAGCAAGCUGAGCAAUUCGCUCAAGUACUUAACCCAAGCCUAUCUCGGGUAUGAUAUUCAUGUUGGGAUACAAGACCCAUACGAAGAUUGUGUAGCGACGAUGAGGCUGUACACAAGAAUGAGAUAUCAGAAACACAAGACUGAAGCUUAUCCUCAAGCUGCCGACGCACAGAACCGUAGCAAUCAAGUGGCUUGGCGGCAGAACGAGGUCGAGAGGAUGUCUCCUGAUGAAAUGCUCUCCAUCUCUCGCUCCGACUACUAUUGCUGGUGCUUGGACUCCCUCGCUUGAUUUCUAAAACUAUGGAGCUAAUUUGAGUAAUCUCUCACAACUAUAACACAAACUUUUUUCGAGAUUUUAAUCUAGUACCGUGACGUCGAAUAAGCACUAUUUCUGAUUUCUAUUAGUAUAUAAAAUUAAUAGUAUGUCGUGUUUGAUGCGGAUAUUGUUC